CUCGAGUCCUGUGGGACAGAAGGUGAGCACCCCCUCGGGGUCCAUGUGCCCGCCCCAGGCCCAGGCAGAGGUGGGCCCCACCAUGACUGAGAAGGCCGAGAUGGUGUGCGCCCCCAGCCCAGCGCCUGCCCCUCCCCCCAAGCCCGUCUCGCCCGGGCCCCCGAAGGCAGAGGUGGUGGGCCACCCAGGCUCCUCCCCCCCUAGGCUGCCCCCCGGCGUGCCAGUCAUCAGCCUGGGCCACACCAGGCCACCAGGGGCGGCCGUGGCCACCACAGAGCUGAGCGCCCUGCGGCCCCCGCUGCUGCAACUCUCCACCCUGGGAGCCGCCGCAUCACCCCUGGCCCUGCAUUACCACCCUCACCCCUUUCUCAACAGCCUCUACAUUGGGCCGGCAGGACCUUUCGGCAUCUUCCCUAGCAGCCGGCUGAAGCGGAGACCGAGCCACUGUGAGCAGGAGCUGGCUGAGGGGCACCAGCCCCAGAAGGUGGCCCGGCGCGUGUUCACCAACAGCCGCGAGCGCUGGCGGCAGCAGAACGUGAACGGCGCCUUCGCCGAGCUCAGGAAGCUGCUGCCAACGCACCCGCCCGACCGGAAGCUGAGCAAGAACGAGGUGCUCCGCCUCGCCAUGAAAUACAUCGGCUUCCUGGUGCGCCUGUGCUCGGCAGACCCUUUUAUCAUCCGCCGCCCGCUGAAAGUGGCCUUGUCCGCGUCCCCCUCCCGGGGUCGAGGUCCAGGAACCCACAUGGCAGAGCGGUCAUCGGACCAAAGUGGCGCCUCUUUUUUCCGGGCUGGGGUCGCCGAGAGAGCGCGGCGUCCGCUCCGCCAGCACGGGGGUGAGAACAAGGCACUAGGUCGGCCGGCCAGCGCGGGAGCGGGUGUGUAA